AUGUGGCUCAACAUCGCCGCUCCCCUUCCGGUGGAUCUCAAAGUGGGCGAAAGCUCGCGUGCGGCAUUGCGAUGGGUUCCACGUCUAUCGUCGCCCCAGUUGGCCGUUCGAAAAGAGUCGACUCCGGCCAACACGUCCGCCUUCCCCCCCGCACCCCUCACCACCACUUCGAUGGAUGACUUUGUCAACCCCUCCACCGCCGUUCCGGCCCAAGGAAGGGUGCAUCUCUCCGCACCCAGGCUAGACGGCCUCAAGAGACUCCCUCAUCUGGUGGAGGACGAUGCGGGUCUCAGCGCCCGAGGCGAAGUCCUGCUCGUACUGCUCUUUGUCGUUGCAUAUGGCUUGUCAAGUGCCAUUGUGACGGUGUUAUGUGUAAGGAAGGCGAGAGCGAAGGCGCAGAGACGGAGAUUGGUGGAUGAAGGGUUGAAUGAGAAAUUGAGGUUGUCGUAG